UCCUCAUCAAACUUGCAAUGGACUGCAAUUCAAAUUCUGGGCAAAUCACAGGCUUAGUGGGUUUAGCCUUCUCAGCCUCCAUGGGAAUUCUAAUGAUUGUACUUGCAUGUGCAAUCCCUGGUUUUGGACAAGUAUGGUGGCCGAUGUUUGUCCUGGUGUUCUACAUCCUUUGUCCAGUCCCAAUGUUGAUCAGCAAGCGAUUAGCCACGUCAGACAACAUGGACGCUACUAGUAGUGCUCUGCAAGAGCUUUGUAUCUUCUUAACCUCCGGCAUAGUGCUGUCAGCGUAUGGCUUACCAAUGGUUCUAAUGCAUGUUGGAACGUUAACAUACCAAGCCCUUCUCCUUGUGCUGUUUGGAAACACGUGGAGCUUCAUCACAAUCCUCAUCUUCUUCAGAAUAUUCCGACAAGACGAUGAUUUUGAGUUCCAGUCAUUGAUAUAGAUCCAUGGGCAUUCGUUGACUGUAGGUAGGAAAGGAUUUUGUGUUCGGCGUCCCCAGGCCCCGAAGCUUAACCUGAAAUGCCAUAUACUGUAUUCUCUUUAACAAAAUGGAAAACUGUGUGUGUACAUGUAUGUUAACAUGGAACAAGCUUUCAGAAAAUUCUAUGAUUUUUUGUGCAAUUCUGCCCUCUGUUUAUAUCAUGGGUGGAAAUCCCAGGGGGGACGUGCCCCCCUACUCAAAAUAGCAGGGGGGACACAAUAUCAAAUGUCCCACUUUACUAUUUGUGGUCUUUAUGAUGG